GCGAAAACACGGCCUACCCAUAGAUAUCUAAAGUCAGUUCCAGACUGCUAAAUCAAAAUAUUGCUUUUGCGGGGCUUGAGUUCGAAACUGAUUUCCGUUAAAUAAUCAACAUGGUGCUUGUUCUUGUGGUUGGAGACAUGCACAUUCCAUUCCGGGCCUCUGGUUUGUCCCCAAAGUUUAAGAAACUUUUAGUGCCAGGGAAAAUCCAGCAUAUCCUCUGUACAGGCAACCUGUGCACUAGAGAGUCGUAUGAUUAUCUCAAAACACUCGCAAGCGAUGUGCACGUUGUAAGGGGAGACUUUGAUGAAAAUGUUAACUAUCCUGAACAGAAAGUAGUAACAGUAGGUCAGUUCCGAAUUGGGAUGUGUCAUGGCCAUCAGAUAUGUCCAUGGGGAGACACUGAAAGCUUAGCAAUGUUACAACGACAAUUGAAUGUUGACAUCUUAAUAUUCGGCCACACACAUAAAUUUGAAGCAUAUGAACAUGAGAGUCACUUUUAUAUCAACCCAGGCAGCAUAACAGGUGCCUUUUCACCAACUGCAAGUGAGGUUAUUCCAUCCUUUGUUCUUAUGGAUAUCCAAGCAAGUACUGUUGUAACAUACGUAUACCAACUGCAAGCCAAUGACGUUAAAGUGGAGAGAAUAGAAUAUCAAAAGUCGUGAUCAUCAGGUUAUAACUUUCAACCUUACAGUGCAAUGAGUGGUAUAAUCGCUUCAGCUCUCUGCAGUGUCUAUUCUAAUUUUCAUAAAAUUCUCACGUUGAUUUUCAUUAGGCGGAAAAACGACCAACCUACAGUAAACUUUAGCUCAAAUACUUAAAAAAAGUUGCUACCAUAUUUAUAUGUAUUUACAAUAUUGAAUGAAGGCUUAAGAUCUUUUUUUUUCAAGCGCCCAAUCAAAAAAGGUAGGAAAACUAAGGUGUUUAGUGCCAUGUGGUAAAAAAAAUUGCAUUGAUAAAAAAUAUUAAGAAAGUUAUUUUUUGGCCCAUUUGGUAGUAAACAAAGAACAUUCAAAGAAUUAUAAAACUGUAUCCUAUGACUCCCAUAGACCGUUGUUAAUUGUUUAAAACACGAUCAGGAUAUUUGGAUAUUCUGUGUUAAGGGUUUCCGGGCUUCCCCCACCCUACUAUAUGUUUUUUAACAAAAAAUGUUAAACUAUAUCCCUUUUAAAUAUUCUAAUCUGCUGGCCAUUAGGAGCAAAUCUUUAAUACGAGAUUGUUGUCUUCAAUUCAUGUUAUGAAUUUUCUUGAUUCGUUGUAACACGUCAUGCUUUAUAUUGCGUAAAUUCAUCUUAUAAAGUGAAAAACCGUUAA